AUGCUGCGCAUCUCCAGCAAAGAGCUGACCGAGCUCAUAGAACGCCUGCAGAAAAAUGCUGACCAGGUGGAGAAAAACAUCGUGGAGACCGACUCCCGAAUGCAGAAUGACUUGCACAAGAUCAAGGCAUGCCAGCUAGCGCAGUACAAGGACCUGACGGCUCAGAAACUCACCGAGUCGGACAAGCUGCUCUACGUGCUGGAUGGGGAUGCAGCGAUCGCCCGGCACAUGAAGCACCCCCAGGGUGAUAUGAUCACAGAAGACAUCCGGCAGCUGAAGGAACGAGUGGCAAACUUGCGCGUGAAACAUGACCAGAUCUACAACUUCCCCCUGCAGCGUAUUGAGCCCCAGGUCAACUGGUCAACAGUGAUUGAGGAGAAACAGGACGCGUUAAGCAGCAAGGGCUUCGGGACCGACCUGCCGCUGGUCAACAGCCAAGUAGAAGAGCACAACAUUUUCCACAACGAGGUCAUGGCCAUCGGCCCACACAUCACCAAGGAAGGCAGCAAGGAAUACACGAGCGACUUCCAAGCCAAAUACCAGAAGCUGCUGGCCAGCUCCCAGCAGCGGCAGCAGGAUCUGAAUUCCCUGCAGGACUACAUGCAGCGCUGCACCAACAAGCUCUACUGGCUGGAUCAGCAGGCAAAGGACAGGACCCGUUACGACUGGAGCGACCACAACCUCGACUACCCCAGCCGGCGCCGCCAGUACGAGAACUUCAUCCACCGGAAGCUGGAGGAGAAGGAGGAGGCCAUCAACAAGCUGCACACAGAUGGAGAUGAGCUGCUCGCUCAGAAUCACCCAGGGAAGAACGCUAUCGAGGCUCACAUUGAGGCUGUGCACGCCGACUGGAAGGAGUACCUCAACCUGCUGAUCUGCGAGGAGAGCCAUCUGAAGUUCAUGGAGGACUUCCACAAGUUUCAGAAGGACACCAAGGAUGCCCAGGAGCUCUUGAGGAAGGUGGAUAUGGACCUGGACCAAAAAUUCAGCCCAGAGUUCAAGGACAGAUAUCAGCUCGAGUCUCUCCUCCGGGAGCUGGAUGACCAGGAGAAGGCCUUGGACAAGUACGACGCAGUGGUGAAGUCCCUGCAGGAACGCAGCCAGCACAUCCUGCCCCUGCGGUACCGCCGCGAGAUGCCGCUCCAGCCCGUCCCCGUGGAGGCUCUCUGCGAGUACGAAGGCGAGCAGGGCCAGAUAAGCCGAGGAGACCACUACACCCUGCAGAAGAACAGCGGAGAUGUUUGGGAAGUGGCAGACAGCUCAGGAGAGAAGAUCAGCGCCCCAGGGGUCUGCUUCAUGAUCCCCCCACCUGAUGCAGAAGCAAUAGCGCUGGCUGACCAAAUUGCUGAUCACUACGUGAAUGUGAAGGAGAAGACAGCCAACUGCAAGAACAUCCUCCAGCAGCGCUACGAGGGGCUGAAGGCAGACAGCAUUGGAGAUGCUGCAUCGGUUCGGGGACGACAGCUUCUGGCAGGGCUGGAGAAAGUGAACAGUGACCUGGACAAGCAGGAGAAAGCAAUAACAGCAAACCUCCGUCCGCCGCUGGAGCAGAGUCGGGCUGUGCAGGACAGCACUGAGCGCUCCAAGGACCUGAAGAACAUCACCAAUGAGGUCCGUCGCAUUGAACCUGAGAAAACAAGGAAGAUCCAGGAGUGCGAGGUCUUCAUUGAAUCCGUGCCGAACACUGGAAGCGCCACCUUGGUAAAGAACAAGGUGGAGAAUACCAACAAGAAGUAUGACCGUGUGGUCCAGCUGCUCAGCGCUGCCCAAGAGAAAGUUGAGGUGGCCACGCACCUUGAGAGGAGCCUCCAACAAGGCCGAGACCUGCUGUCUACCUAUGAGAACAAACUGGUCACAGAUGACACGGUACCAGAAGAUUUGCGGGUGGUAGACCGUAAGAAAGAAGAGCUGCUGGCCAUGGGCACCGAGCUCCAAUCCAAGAGGUACCUGCUCAGUGAAGCAGAGCAGAACUUGCUAAGGACAAAGACGUGCUCCAACACCCUGGCCAGCAAGUUCCAGGAGCACUGCCCUGACAUCGAACGGCAGGAAGCUGAGCUCUACAAACUCAACCAGCGCUUCAAUAACCUCAGCAAGCAAAUUGAUCACAGAACGCAGACCCUGCAGAAAGCGAAAAGUGCCUAUUCCAACUACCGCACCAACUACGACAGAGUCAACCAGUUCCUGUGCAACAUACCUAACUACGAGCCUCAGGAGACCGACAACAUCCAGCAAGUGGAAAUGAAACUGAAGAACCAAGCGGCCCUCCUCACUGACAUUGCAAGCAAGGAACAGGAGGUGCAGAAGGUCUCCACCACAGCUCAGCAAUACCAGCAGGCAGUGAGGGAUUAUGAGUUGGAAGCAGAGAAGCUACGGUCUAUCCUUGACCUAGAGAAUGGCCGAAAUGGGUACACGAGCAAGAAGCCCAGGCUCCAGUCUCCGGCUGCAAAAGUGAAAGAGGAGGAAACUGUUCUGGCCGCCAAAUACACCGAAGUAAAUGCUGUGAACAAACAGAGGCUGCAGAACCUGGAGUUCGCUCAGAGCCUCCUGAGGCAGCAACCAGACAUUCAAGUAACACAAGACUUUGUCCAGACCAAAAGGUCUGUAAGGCCCAUGGAAGAAGUCUGGAAGUUGAAGAAGGAGCUUGAGGAUGAGACUCAGCGUCGGCAACAGCUAGAAGCGGAGAUCAAAGCCAUUCAGAACAACAUUGUCCACCUGCAAAACCAGAAGCCUCAAGAAACUGUCAUUAAGAAAGAACUGCUGAAGAAAGUGCCUGACCCUCAGCUGGAGGAGAGCUUCCACAGACUUCAGCAAAGCCUAGCAGAAGAGCAGCGCAAGAACCAGGUGCUCCAGGAUGAGCUGGAGGCUCUUAAAAUCAGGCUCCGUGUUUUGGAGCACGAGAAGAGGGAAGGAGGGCAGGAGUAUAUAGUGAAAGAGGUACUGCGUAUUGAACAAGAUAAGGCUCAAGCUGAUGAAAUCCUGAAGCUCAAAGAAGAACUGGAAGAGCUCAGGAGGCAGGAAGGAACCAGAGAGAAUGAAGUCAUCCUUUUACGCCAACAAAUUGCUGUGCUGUCCAGCGAGAAGAACAAAGAGCAGGAGAAGGUAACGGAGAAGGAAGUGCUGAAGCUGCAGAACGAUCCCCAGCUGGAGAUGGAAUUCCGGAUGUUGCAAGAGAACAAGCAAAGGGAGAGCGCCCUUCGGCAGAAGCAUGAGGAAGAACUCAGCUUCCUCCAGGACAAGCUCAAACGUCUUGAGAAGGAACGGGCCAUUGCCGAGGGCAAAAUUACCGUCAAGGAGGUGCUGAAGGUAGAAAAAGACUUAGCCAUUGAGAGAGAGGUGAAUGAACUCCGGCGCCAGUAUGAAGAUGAGAAGUCCAAGGGUCGCUCCAAUGAGCGGGAAAAGGCUGAGCUGCUCAGGAAGAUCCAUCUGCUGGAGGAAGAGAACGCCAAGGUGGUUGUCCAGGAGAAAGUGCGUGAGAUUGUGCGCCCAGAUCCCAAGGCCGAAAAUGAAGUUGCCAACCUUCGUUUGGAGCUAGUAGAGCAGGAGAGGAGAUACCGAGGUGGUGACGAACAGCUGAAGAGCUGCCAGACUGAGCUGGCUGCUCUGAGGAACAGAGGGCCACUGGUAGAAGUCAAAGAAGUCAUUAAGGAGGUCAUUAAGUACAAGAAUGAUCCAGAAACUGAAAAGGAGCUGCAGCAACUCCGGGAGGAAAUCAUAGAGAGGACAGGAGCAAUUGAAAGAGCUGACCUUGAGAUCUACCAGCUGAAACAAGAGAUACAAGCUUUGAAAGAUACCAAACCUCAAGUGCAUACAAAGGAAGUUGUUCAAGAAAUUCUGCAGUUUCGGGAAGACCCCAAGACUAGAGAGGAGGUAGAGUCUCUUAGAGUGCAGCUAGCAGAUGAACAGAUGAAACACCUUGACCUGGAGAGGGAACGGCUACUCCAAGAAGAGAGAGUAAGACAGAAGGAGGAAGAACUUUCCCAGGUGAAGGAGAAAGUGGUCCAACAGGAAGUAGUGAAGUAUGAGCAAGAUCCUGCCUUGAAAGCUGAACUCCGCAAGCUGCAGAGGAGGCGGUCUGAGCUAGAGCGUCAGCUAGAAGAACUUGAGAAAGAGAGACAGGCCCGUAGAGAGGCUGAACUGGAGGUGCAGAGGCUGAAGAUUAGGUUGAACGAGUUAGAAGAACAAGAGAGGGAGACAACAGAACGAGUGACUGUGAAACAGAAAGUGAUCCUUCAGCAAGAUCCCCAGCAAGAGAAGGAGCACUCCCUCCUCAAGCUGGAGCUGGAAGAAGAGAAACACCGGAGGCAGGUCUUGCAAACUGAACUAGAAGCCCUGAGAAAGAAGCUCUUUUCUUUGGAGAAGAUGGAGGUCAAAGAGAAAGUGGUCUUUUCAGAGAGUGUCCAAGUGGACAAAGGAGACACAGAAUACGAGAUUCAGAAGCUGAAGAGCAAUCUGGAGGAAGAAAGUAGGCGUAAGAGAGAGCUAGAUGCAGAUAUCAAUCGCCUUGAAACCAGGCUGUCUGAGGUGGAAUUCAACAACUCCAAGUCAUCAAAGGAGCUAGACUUAUUAAGGGAAGAAAACCACAAACUACACCUUGAGAAACAGAACCUGCUGAUGGAAACAAGGAGACUGCAGUCAGAGAUUGAACUCACAGCAACAGAAGCUCGGGAUUUGAGAAACAUGACCCACAUGGACAGUGGAAUAAACCUGGACUCCAGACUCCAAGUUCUAGAAAGAGAGUUAGAUGAUCUGAAGCAGUUAUCCAGAGAAAAAGAUGCAGAGAUCGAGCAGCUCCAGAACCGCCUCAAGACAGUGGCUAUCAAGAGGGAACAAAGAGAAAACCACUUGAGGCGCUCCAUUGUGGUCAUUGACCCUGAUACAGGAAAAGAAAUGUCUCCAGAGGAAGCCCAUGUGUUUGGCCUCAUCGAAUGGAACCUGUUUGUCAAACUGAAGAGUCAGGAAUGUGACUGGGAGGAGAUCUCAAUAAAGGGUCCCAAUGGGGAAUCAUCUGUGAUCCUCGACAGGAAGUCUGGUAGAGAGUUCUCAAUUGAGGAUGCCUUGAAGAGUGGAAGGCUAACCAUGGCUCAGUACAACAGUUACCUCAGCAAGGAGAUGUCGAUCCAGGAGCUGGCAGUUUUGGUGUCUGGAAGUAAUUACACAGCACUCCCUCCACUUUAG